AUGCCACCACUUCCCAAAUCUCAAGCCGAGUCCGAUCAUGUUCAAGACAUUCCACCACAAAUCUUAUCUUCGUCAGCAUCAAGGAAAUCAGACCGCGAGCCAUUUCAUGCGACCUACUUACCAGGUGCUAGAAUGGGAAGUAGUCAGCAGCACCCGAGCCAAGACAGUGUUUUCGGAGCUGGUGACACGCUGCCAAUCCCGUUGAUCAGGAUACAUCCUCCUCCCAUGACAAGAGACAGCCAAUACUCCGUCGGAUAUUCCAAAUCGAAAUUGAAUGACAUGGGAGGCAAAAUGUCGAUCAGCAUGUCCACGGCCACUCAGAUUCCAGGAUCAAUUGGAGCCGCAAGGAGUGAUCGGGUUUAUGUGACACCAUAUCCAAAGCUGGAAAAGGGAGAUAGGCUGCGGGUCCCUGUCGCAAGGCGCUUAAGAUUGCCAAAGGCAUCGAAAAACAAGGCGCCUUGUAAACCAUCGGGGAAAAGAGGAAAACCUUCAGAGCACUGUACGGAGCCCCGCCAGAUCAUCAAGCGGCAUAAACACUGGUCGUCGCCAACGUCACAGUUCGGCCUGGCAAAAAUAAGGAAACUAGAGGCUGCGAUGGAAAAGGACCAACGUCUGUUGGAGAAGACGGGGGACGACGCAUCCAAGGCCGGGUGCUCUGAAUGGGAUUCCGGAUUCGAUUACGGAUUCGAAGACGCCCUCGGGAACAGUUGUCAAGCUGCUCAGUCCAGCUUCACUUCCCCUUCGCUUGCCCCCGAAUUGGAGAAAGGCCCUCCAAUAUUUACCUUCAAGGUCCCUCAUGAGUGCUCACAUUCAUUGGCUGCCAAAACAAGUAAGGGUCCUUCCAAAGCCACUUUUGAGGUCUUCAAGAAGCAAUGUAUCAGGUCGAACACUGGGUGA